GUAGCAAAACAGGUCCCACAGAGGCGAUGAGGAAGUAGUCUCACUGAUUCGUUCGCUGACAAAAAAGUUUCCCAGAAUUCCCAGCAGCCAUGAAGCUUCGAUUGCACUUCGUGGUGGACCCUAUGGGCUGGCUGUGCAUCAGUGUGGUAUUUGGGAUCUGGCUCUACAACACCUUUUUUGUUCCCAAACUGGUUCUGUUUCCACACUACAAUGAGGGACACAUUCCUUGGGCCAUUGUUGUUUGUUACUACAUAGCAUCAGGACUCUGCCUAGCAGCACUGUUCAGAGCUUCCACAGCAGAUCCAGGCCGUCUUCCUGCGGACCCACACAUACCUCAUGCUGAGAGAGAGCACUGGGAGUUGUGCAAUAAGUGCAACUUAAUGAGACCUAAACGGUCGCACCACUGCAGUCGCUGUGGCCACUGUGUGCGCAGGAUGGACCAUCACUGUCCCUGGAUUAAUAACUGUGUGGGAGAGGACAACCACUGGCUCUUCCUGCAGCUGUGUUUCUAUGCUCAGGUCCUCAGCUUAUUCACGCUGGUGCUGGACUUCUGUCAGUACUAUUACUUCCAGCCCCUGACAGGACUAGACCAGGAAAAGUUCACUACACGUCACGAACUGGCUCUGCUGCGAAUCUCUGCGCUAAUGGGCGUGGUCAUGUUUGGAGGCAUGUCUUCUUUGUUUUACACACAGAUGACUGGCAUCCUCUCAGAUAUGACCACCAUCGAGAAAAUGGCUCACUUUUCAAAUGAAACAUAUGGCGCAAAGAGAUCCUGGCAGUGGGCGCUAGCUGAAGUUUGUGGCACUCGCUGGAAACUCCUUUGGCUCAUCCCACUCCGAAGCAGACAGCCACUUAACGCCAGCCACCAGUUCCGCUCACACGUGUAGGCCGGUAGCGCUCCCACCUGCACAGAUGGUAGGAGCUGCCCUGAUGAAACACUGUAUACACACCUAAGAAUCCAUCUGCUCGCCUUCACCAUCCUCUUUUGUGCUACGAGAGCUGGGCAGCAGUCUUGGUUUUUCAGUGGAUAUGCCAAGUUUUUUGUUUUUUUUCCCUUUGCCUUUCUCUACAAGGCCCAGACUGGCAGAAAACAGGGUCAAGAAACACCUUUGGGAGUAAUGGGAAAUGUUGUGUUUUUAACUCACUGUGACUGCUACUUUAAGCAUUUGGAAACCACUUUUUCUGGCUAAUUGCAAAAGAAGGAUGGAGGUUUUCAUCUGAAAGCAGCUGGCAAAGGAACCCCCCCUCUCAGGUUACUUUAAUAAAGAGCCUUGACUACUGACCUUUAAUCAUCUACAGACAGAACAACGGUUAUUUUAGUGUGUCUAUUAGACUGGCGUUUUUUUGUAAGAAGUUUGUGCCUUGUUUCUUUUAGCGGUCCUCUUAAUUUGUGUGUGUUUGUUUGAUGUUUUCCAGCUACUUCUAGUUUGGAAGCUUUUUUUUAUUUUUUUGUAUUGUGUUUGUUUAUUUAUAAUUUUUUGUAAAGGGAUCUGCCUAUUAUCAGCGAUGUUCUUUUGCUGUUUAUAAUUUGAGGAUUUGUAAAUCAUUUGGGGUUUGUUGUUGUUUUUUUAAUUUGGGAUUGUUCUAUGAAGAAGUACUCUGUGAACCAUUAAUUUACGAAGAAUGAAGCAGAACAAAGUUGAUAAUUUGAAUGACAAUUUGUAGUCCUUUUUAUAACAAAUAGGCAGCCUGGUAUGAACCUGUGUUAUGGAGAGCAGUUAAUUCCCACUUUCCUAUGGCAAAAAUCCACAUUAGAAACGAGCUUAUACAAUCAAUGUUGUAUGUUGUGGUCAGAUUGCUGCAUAAUCAAGAAUAUAACAUUCCUUGGCCAAUUAAUGUAAUGACUUGAUUACAACAUUGUAUUACUUUGUUUUAGAAGGCAUUUAGGUGUCAUGUUCUGCCUUCAAAGAUAACUUAAAUCAAGCUGCCUUUCUUAAAUGCCUAGUUUAACCUCAUGCCCCACUUAUGUUUGCAAAUGUGAAACUAUAGCUGGCAGCUAGUUAGCUUAGCUUAGCAUGAUGUAAACUGUGUAAACAUAAACAACUAACAUUUUUUUAAAUACUUAAAAAAAUAUAUUUUAAGUCAGUAAGAUAAAUCCUAGCAGUUGGUGAGAUUUUCUUGGAUAACACCAAGCUAACAAGCUAAUUUUAGUUUAUGGUCUUAAAACUAGGUAGCUUUAAGAUCACAGCUACUGGCUAGUUUUGCUUAACGCUAAGCUAAACCAGGUAGCUACUGGCUAGUUUAGCGUAAUGCUAAGCUAAACUAGGUAGCUACUGGCUAGUUUAACUAAGUUACAUGGCUUGCUUAUAGCCUCAUAGUACCUGAAGGAUGUAGAAGUGAUAUCAGUUUUGUUUACACCAUGAUUUUCCCCCAAAUGUUAGCCUUUUCCUUUAAGUCAGUCUGUUUAGCUAAAAUGUAUGUACAGUACAAUCUGUUAGCAAAAACAACUUGACCAAUUUUUUUUUAAAUUUAGACUGUUGACAAAAUAAUUUCUAAUUGAUAUUUACCAUGUUUUUGCUGCUGCUGCUGUAGGUCUUAAAUGGAUCUGAACACACAAACUUUGUUAAUGCUGUCAGCAAAACUGGCAGAUUAGCCUACUUGUGGUGACUUACAGCUAGUUAACCCUUGACAAGACAUUGGCAAUUUA